UCCCGACGCCGAGGCUCCUCUCCCCCUCGCUCGCCCUUUUAGCUCGCGGUUUGGGAGGAGGAGACUGCGAGAGAAAGGCGCGAGGGGGAGACGGGAGAGGGGCUUGGCCGUGCGUCGGCGUCGGCCUUGAUGGGGAGCCCGGAGCAGCCAGGCGGCGAGCAGUAGCGGCGGCGGCUGCAGCUUGGAACAGACACGAGAGCCGGCGCUCCUCCCGGCAGGCUGCGCUGUGAUUUGGGCUGCGGACUGGGAUCUCGCGCCCCCGUCCCUCUCCUCCAGCUGCUGCUCUCCUCCCCCCGGCUCCCCUCCUCCGCCUGCGAACCCCAGGCGGCGGCGGCGGCUGCGUCCCGAGCGCAGAGCGCUUCUGCUCGCGGCCUCGGUCCCGGCUAGCGCGCGGUGGGUACUGCGGUGGCGGCAGCCGGGGGGCCGGCUCGCCCGGAGCAAGAGAGCCGAGCACCGAGAUGGAAGUAUGAUGUGAUGGAUAUAAUUAUGGGACACUGUGUGGGCACACGGCCUCCUCCUUCUUGCCUCAUCCUCCUGCUUUUCAAGCUGUUGGCCACUGUCUCCCAGGGGCUACCAGGGACUGGACCCCUGGGCUUCCACUUCACACAUUCCAUUUAUAAUGCUACCGUGUAUGAGAACUCAGCAGCAAGGACCUAUGUCAACAGCCAGAGUAGAAUGGGCAUCACCUUAAUAGAUCUGUCCUGGGAUAUCAAGUACAGAAUAGUGUCCGGAGACGAGGAAGGCUUUUUCAAAGCAGAGGAAGUCAUCAUUGCAGAUUUCUGUUUUCUCAGAAUAAGAACUAAAGGUGGCAAUUCUGCCAUAUUGAAUAGGGAAAUCCAGGAUAAUUAUUUAUUGAUAGUAAAAGGUUCGGUCAGAGGAGAGGAUUUGGAAGCAUGGGCCAAAGUGAACAUACAAGUUUUAGAUAUGAAUGAUCUGAGACCUCUGUUUUCACCCACAACAUACUCCGUUACCAUAGCAGAAAGCACACCUCUAAGGACUAGUGUCGCCCAAGUGACCGCAACAGAUGCAGAUAUUGGUUCCAAUGGAGAAUUCUACUACUACUUUAAAAAUAAAGUUGAUCUCUUUUCAGUUCACCCCACGAGUGGUGUCAUCUCCUUAAGUGGCCGAUUAAAUUAUGAUGAAAAGAAUAGGUAUGAUCUGGAAAUUUUGGCUGUGGACCGGGGAAUGAAACUGUAUGGAAACAAUGGAGUCAGCAGUACUGCAAAGCUUUAUGUUCACAUUGAACGUGUAAAUGAACAUGUGCCAACAAUCCAUGUAGUCACUCACAUUCCUUUCUCAUUGGACAGAGAGCCGACAUAUGCCGUGGUGACAGUUGAUGACCUAGAUGAUGGGGCCAAUGGAGAGAUCGAAUCUGUUUCCAUCGUGGCUGGGGAUCCUUUAGAUCAGUUCUUUCUGGCUAAGGAAGGAAAGUGGUUGAAUGAGUACAAGAUUAAGGAGAGGAAGCAGAUUGACUGGGAGAGCUUUCCCUAUGGCUACAACCUCACUCUUCAGGCAAAAGACAAAGGAUCGCCUCAGAAAUUUUCAGCAUUAAAGACAGUCCACAUAGGAAACCCCAGAAGAGACACUGUCCCAGUUAGAUUUGAAAAAGAAGUGUACGAUGUGAGCAUAAGUGAAUUUUCCCCUCCUGGUGUCGUGGUUGCUGUAGUAAAAUUAAGUCCUGAACCGAUAGAUGUGGAAUACAAAUUAUCUCCUGGUGAGGAUGCAGUGUACUUUAAAAUUAAUCCUCGUUCAGGUUUGAUUGUUACAGCACAGCCACUGAAUACUGUUAAGAAGGAGGUUUAUAAACUGGAGGUGACAAAUAAAGAAGGAGAUUUAAAAGCACAAGUCACCAUCAGCAUAGAAGAUGCGAAUGAUCACACCCCGGAAUUUCAGCAACCACUGUAUGAUACUUUUGUGAAUGAAAGCGUCCCUGUGGGAACCAGCGUUCUAACGGUUUCAGCUUCUGAUAAGGAUAAAGGAGAAAAUGGGUACAUCACCUAUAGUAUCGCCAGCCUGAAUUUGUUACCAUUUGCCAUUAACCAGUUUACAGGUGUUAUUAGCACAACUGAAGAACUGGAUUUUGAAUCCUCCCCAGAAAUUUACAGAUUCAUUGUUAGAGCCUCUGACUGGGGUUCACCGUACCGCCAUGAAAGUGAGGUCAAUGUGACUAUUCGAAUAGGAAAUGUCAAUGACAACAGCCCUCUCUUUGAAAAAGUGGCUUGCCAGGGAGUUAUUUCAUAUGACUUUCCAGUCGGUGGUCACAUCACAGCAGUCUCGGCGAUCGAUAUUGAUGAACUUGAACUUGUGAAGUACAAAAUCAUUUCUGGAAAUGAACUUGGCUUCUUUUAUUUAAACCCAGACUCUGGUGUUUUACAGCUUAAAAAAUCACUGAUGAAUUCUGGCAUUAAAAAUGGCAAUUUUGCCCUCAGAAUUACAGCAACUGAUGGAGAGAAUCUUGCAGAUCCCAUGUCUAUUAACAUUUCAGUCCUACAUGGGAAGGUGUCUUCAAAGAGCUUCAGUUGCAGAGAAACUCGUGUGGCUCAAAAGCUGGCAGAGAAACUACUCAUUAAGGCAAAAGCAAAUGGAAAACUGAAUCUGGAAGAUGGAUUUCUUGACUUUUAUUCAAUUAAUAGGCAAGGACCACAUUUUGACAAGUCUUUUCCUUCUGAUGUGGCUGUAAAGGAGGAUCUGCCAGUUGGUGCUAACAUUCUGAAGAUUAAAGCCUAUGAUGCUGACUCUGGCUUCAAUGGAAAAGUGCUAUUUACAAUAUCUGAUGGAAAUACAGAUAGUUGCUUUAAUAUUGAUAUGGAGACUGGGCAGCUUAAAGUCCUUAUGCCUAUGGAUCGAGAACACACAGACCUCUAUCUCCUUAAUAUCACCAUCUAUGACUUAGGUAAUCCACAGAAAUCAUCAUGGAGACUGCUGACCAUCAAUGUGGAGGAUGCUAAUGACAAUAGCCCAGUUUUUAUUCAAGACAGUUACUCAGUUAACAUUCUUGAGAGUUCAAGCAUUGGUACUGAAAUCAUUCAAGUGGAAGCCAGAGACAAAGACUUAGGUUCUAAUGGUGAAGUGACUUACUCAGUCUUGACAGAUACACAGCAGUUUGCCAUCAAUAGCUCAACUGGAAUCGUUUAUGUAGCUGAUCAGUUGGACCGGGAAUCCAAAGCCAAUUAUUCUUUGAAAAUAGAAGCCAGGGACAAGGCGGAAAGUGGUCAGCAGCUGUUUUCAGUUGUCACUCUUAAGGUUUUUUUAGAUGACGUCAAUGACUGCUCCCCAGCUUUCAUUCCCAGUAGCUAUAGUGUGAAGGUUCUUGAAGAUCUCCCUGUUGGCACAGUCAUUGCUUGGCUUGAGACCCACGAUCCAGAUCUUGGAUUGGGGGGCCAAGUGCGCUAUUCUUUGGUCAAUGACUACAAUGGGAGAUUUGAAAUAGAUAAAGCAAGUGGCGCCAUCCGCUUGAGCAAAGAGCUGGAUUAUGAGAAGCAGCAGUUCUAUAACCUUACCGUGCGGGCCAAAGACAAAGGGCGGCCUGUCUCUCUGUCGUCUGUUUCCUUUGUUGAGGUGGAGGUGGUGGAUGUCAAUGAAAACCUCCACACUCCCUAUUUCCCAGACUUUGCUGUCGUUGGAUCUGUAAAAGAAAACUCACGCAUUGGGACAAGUGUCCUGCAGGUGACUGCUCUAGAUGAAGAUUCCGGAAGGGAUGGAGAGAUCCAGUACUCCAUCAGGGAUGGCAGUGGUCUCGGAAGAUUCAGUAUAGACGACGAGAAUGGGGUCAUCACUGCCGCAGACAUUCUUGAUCGGGAGACAACAGGGUCAUAUUGGCUGACAGUGUAUGCCACAGACAGGGGUGUGGUUCCACUCUACUCCACCAUCGAGGUCUACAUUGAAGUUGAAGAUGUGAAUGACAAUGCCCCGCUGACCUCAGAACCUAUAUAUUAUCCUGUUGUCAUGGAAAACUCUCCAAAGGAUGUAUCUGUCAUUCAGAUCCAAGCUGAAGAUCCUGACUCCAGUUCCAAUGAAAAACUGACAUACAGGAUUACAAGUGGGAAUCCUCAGAAUUUUUUUGCCAUCAAUAUCAAAACAGGUCUGAUUACAACAACUUCAAGAAAAUUGGAUCGAGAGCAGCAGGCAGAACAUUUUCUGGAGGUGACUGUGACAGAUGGUGGUCCUUCUCCAAAACAGUCAACCAUUUGGGUGGUGGUUCAGGUUCUGGAUGAAAAUGACAACAAGCCCCAGUUCCCGGAGAAGGUCUACCAGAUCAAGCUGCCGGAACGUGACCGAAAGAAGAGAGGAGAACCGAUUUACAGGGCUUUUGCAUUUGAUAGAGAUGAGGGCCCCAACGCAGAAAUCUCCUACAGUAUUGUGGAUGGGAAUGAUGACGGAAAGUUCUUUAUUGACCCUAAAACUGGGAUGGUUUCUUCUAGAAAGCAGUUUACAGCAGGGAGUUAUGACAUCCUAACGAUAAAGGCAGUGGACAAUGGGCGCCCACAGAAAUCCUCCACGGCCCGCCUCCACAUUGAAUGGAUUAAGAAACCACCCCCUUCACCUAUACCAUUGACCUUCGAUGAGCCGUUUUAUAACUUCACGGUCAUGGAAAGUGAUAGAGUGACUGAAAUUGUAGGGGUGGUGUCUGUGCAGCCAGCCAACACCCCUCUGUGGUUUGACAUAGUUGGUGGCAAGCAUGCUCGAGAGAUGUUCUAUAUUCUACAGACAGCUUGUGGGCAGAACUGUUCAACAGAAGGGGGGAAUUUUGACAGCGCUUUUGAUGCAGAGAAGGGUGUUGGGACAAUUGUCAUCGCAAAACCUUUGGACGCAGAGCAGAGGUCCAUCUAUAAUAUGAGUGUGGAAGUCACCGAUGGGACGAAUGUUGCUGUCACUCAGGUAUUUAUCAAAGUGCUGGAUAAUAAUGAUAAUGGCCCAGAAUUCUCUCAGCCGAAUUAUGAUGUGACAAUUUCCGAGGAUGUGCUUCCAGACACAGAGAUCCUGCAGAUUGAAGCCACAGAUAGAGAUGAGAAACACAAGCUGAGCUACACUAUUCAUAGCAGCAUCGACUCCAUCAGCAUGAGAAAAUUCCGGAUUGACCCUAGCACUGGCGUGCUCUAUACUGCUGAGAGGCUGGACCAUGAGGCCCAGGACAAGCACAUUCUCAACAUAAUGGUCAGAGAUCAGGAGUUUCCUUAUCGAAGAAACUUGGCCCGAGUCAUUGUGAAUGUGGAGGAUGCUAAUGAUCACAGUCCUUAUUUUACCAACCCACUGUAUGAAGCAUCUGUGUUUGAAUCUGCUGCUCUGGGAUCAGCUGUUCUACAAGUGACGGCUCUGGACAAAGACAAAGGGGAAAAUGCAGAACUCAUAUAUACCAUAGAAGCAGGAAACACUGGGAACACGUUUAAGAUUGAACCAGUCCUAGGCAUCAUCACCAUUUGCAAAGAACCAGACAUGACGACGAUGGGUCAGUUUGUUCUAUCCAUCAAAGUCACAGAUCAGGGAUCCCCGCCAAUGUCUGCCACUGCAAUAGUGCGCAUUUCUGUUACCAUGUCUGAUAAUUCUCACCCCAAGUUCACUCACAAAGACUACCAAGCGGAAGUAAAUGAAAAUGUUGACAUUGGAACAUCAGUCAUUCUAAUCUCUGCCAUCAGUCAGUCUACCCUCGUUUAUGAAGUCAAAGAUGGAGACAUUAAUGGGAUCUUUACCAUAAAUCCAUAUUCUGGAGUCAUCACUACUAGGAAGGCCCUGGAUUAUGAGCGCACGUCCUCUUAUCAGCUCAUCAUUCAGGCCACCAAUAUGGCAGGAAUGGCUUCCAAUGCAACAGUCAAUAUUCAGAUUGUUGAUGAAAAUGAUAAUGCCCCAGUUUUUCUCUUUUCUCAAUACUCAGGCAGCCUAAGUGAGGCUGCCCCAAUUAACAGCAUUGUCAGGAGCUUGGAUAACAGCCCACUGGUGAUUCGAGCCACGGAUGCUGACAGCAACCGGAAUGCUCUCCUUGUGUAUCAGAUUGUGGAGUCGACAGCCAAAAAGUUUUUCACUGUGGACUCUAGUACAGGUGCAAUCAGAACAAUUGCCAACCUAGACCAUGAAACCAUUGCCCAUUUCCAUUUUCACGUGCAUGUAAGAGACAGUGGUAGCCCCCAACUGACUGCAGAGAGUCCAGUUGAAGUCAACAUUGAGGUGACAGAUGUGAAUGAUAACCCACCUGUUUUUACUCAGGCUGUGUUUGAGACUAUCUUACUUCUACCGACCUAUGUUGGAGUGGAGGUUCUGAAAGUUAGUGCCACAGAUCCUGACUCUGAGGUACCCCCUGAACUGACAUACAGCCUAAUGGAAGGCAGCUUGGAUCAUUUUUUAAUUGACUCAAAUAGUGGAGUGCUUACCAUAAAAAACAACAACCUCUCCAAGGAUCACUACAUGCUGAUAGCUAAAGUGUCCGAUGGAAAGUUCUACAGUACAUCCAUGGUCAACAUCAUGGUUAAAGAAGCCAUGGACAGCGGCCUCCACUUUACACAAAGCUUCUAUUCCACCUCAAUCUCAGAGAACAAUACUAACAUAACCAAAGUCGCUAUCGUCAAUGCUGUUGGAAACCGCCUUAAUGAGCCCUUAAAAUACAGCAUCUUAAACCCAGGAAAUAAGUUCAAGAUAAAAUCUACCUCAGGGGUCAUUCAGACGACUGGAGUCCCCUUUGACCGUGAAGAACAAGAGUUAUAUGAGCUGGUGGUGGAAGCCAGCCGUGAGCUGGACCAUCUGCGUGUGGCCCGAGUGGUGGUCAGGGUUAACAUUGAAGACAUAAAUGACAAUUCUCCAGUCUUUCUGGGCCUCCCUUACUAUGCUGCUGUUCAAGUGGAUGCCGAACCAGGGACUCUGAUUUACCAGGUGACAGCCAUUGACAAAGAUAAAGGUGCAAAUGGAGAAGUGACCUAUGUCCUCCAGGAUGACUAUGGUCACUUUGAAAUUAAUCCUAAUUCAGGGAAUGUUAUUUUAAAGGAAGCAUUCAACUCUGACUUGUCCAACAUUGAGUAUGGAGUCACCAUCCUAGCCAAGGAUGGUGGAAAACCUUCUUUGUCUACAUCUGUGGAGCUUCCCAUCACUAUUGUCAACAAAGCAAUGCCUGUGUUUGAUAAGCCCUUUUAUACAGCGUCUGUCAAUGAAGACAUUAGAAUGAACACACCCAUUCUAAGCAUCAAUGCCACCAGUCCAGAGGGCCAAGGUAUCAUAUAUAUCAUUAUCGAUGGGGACCCUUUUAAACAGUUUAACAUUGACUUUGACACUGGGGUCCUGAAAGUCAUUAGCCCUUUGGAUUAUGAAGUUACAUCUGUUUACAAGCUGACAGUAAGAGCCAGCGAUGCCCUUACUGGUGCUAGGGCUGAAGUCACUGUUGACUUGCUAGUUAAUGAUGUAAAUGACAACCCCCCUAUUUUCGAUCAGCCCACAUACAAUACAACACUGUCAGAAGCAUCUCUCAUUGGGACACCUGUUUUACAAGUUGUCUCUACUGAUGCAGACUCAGAAAACAAUAAAAUUGUACAUUAUCAGAUUGUCCAGGAUACCUACAACAGCACAGAUUAUUUUCACAUAGAUAGCUCAAGUGGCUUAAUCCUGACAGCACGGAUGCUGGACCACGAAUUAGUACAACACUGCACUUUGAAAGUCAGAUCAACGGAUAGUGGCUUCCCAUCACUGAGCAGUGAGGUUCUGGUUCAUAUCUAUAUCUCUGAUGUAAAUGACAACCCUCCAGUUUUUAAUCAGCUCAUUUACGAGUCAUAUGUGAGUGAAUUAGCCCCCCGGGGCCAUUUUGUAACCUGUGUACAAGCCUCUGAUGCAGACAGUUCUGACUUUGACCGGUUGGAAUACAGCAUUUUAUCUGGGAAUGACCGGACGAGCUUUCUGAUGGACAGCAAGAAUGGAGUUAUCACACUGUCCAACCACCGGAAGCAGCGGAUGGAGCCUCUGUACAGUCUCAAUGUGUCUGUCUCUGAUGGGUUGUUCACCAGCACUGCACAGGUGCAUAUUAGGGUACUUGGGGCUAACUUGUACAGCCCUGCCUUUUCACAAAGCACAUACGUGGCUGAGGUGAGAGAGAACGCAGCUGCUGGAGCAAAGGUAGUUCAUGUUCGAGCCACAGAUGGUGAUCCAGGGACUUACGGGCAGAUCAGCUAUGCCAUCAUCAAUGACUUUGCCAAAGAUAGAUUCCUCAUAGACAGCAAUGGGCAGGUCAUCACCACGGAAAGGCUAGACCGGGAAAACCCUCUAGAAGGGGACAUUAGUAUUUUUGUGAGGGCCCUGGAUGGUGGAGGGAGAACAACUUUCUGCACUGUGAGAGUGAUUGUUGUGGAUGAAAAUGACAAUGCUCCCCAGUUCAUGACAGUGGAAUAUAGAGCCAGUGUCAGGGCAGAUGUGGGAAGGGGCCACUUGGUCACUCAAGUUCAAGCCAUAGAUCCUGAUGAUGGAGCAAAUUCAAGGAUUACUUAUUCCCUCUAUAGCGAGGCCUCAGUUUCAGUGGCUGACCUCCUGGAAAUCGAUCCUGACAAUGGCUGGAUGGUCACAAAGGGUAAUUUUAACCAGCUGAAAAAUACAGUGCUUUCGUUCUUUGUCAAAGCAGUAGACGGGGGCAUCCCAGUGAAGCACUCCCUCAUUCCUGUCUAUAUCCACGUCUUGCCCUCUGAAACAUUCUUGCCAUCAUUCACCCAGUCUCAGUAUUCCUUUACCAUUGCAGAAGAUACAGCCAUUGGGAGCACAGUGGACAUCCUGAGGAUUUUGCCCAGUCAGAAUGUCCAGUUCAGCACAGUUAAUGGGGAACGGCCAGAAAAUAACAAAGGGGGUGUAUUCAUCAUAGAGCAGGAAACAGGUACUAUUAAGCUUGACAAGCGCCUUGACCAUGAAACCAGCCCAGCUUUCCACUUUAAAGUAGCAGCGACGAUUCCCCUGGACAAAGUAGACAUUGUGUUUACUGUGGAUGUAGAUAUCAAGGUAUUGGAUUUGAAUGACAACAAGCCAGUCUUUGAAACUUCAAGCUACGACACCAUUAUAAUGGAAGGGAUGCCUGUUGGCACCAAACUCACACAGGUGAGAGCUAUUGAUAUGGAUUGGGGAGCCAAUGGGCAGGUCACUUACUCCCUCCACUCAGAUUCCCAGCCCGAAAAGGUAAUGGAAGCAUUCAAUAUUGACAGCAACACAGGCUGGAUCAGUACCUUGAAGGACCUAGAUCACGAGACAGACCCCACAUUCACCUUCUCGGUGGUGGCCUCUGACCUUGGAGAGGCAUUCUCUCUUUCCUCCACGGCCUUGGUCUCUGUCAGGGUGACAGAUAUAAAUGACAACGCACCAGUCUUUGCACAGGAAGUGUACCGAGGGAAUGUGAAGGAGAGCGACCCACCGGGUGAGGUGGUAGCUGUCCUCAGCACCUGGGACAGAGACACGUCCGACGUUAAUCGCCAAGUGAGCUACCAUAUUACAGGAGGAAAUCCUCGAGGAAGGUUUGCCCUGGGCCUGGUGCAAAGUGAGUGGAAGGUCUAUGUGAAGAGGCCUCUAGAUAGAGAAGAACAAGACAUUUACUUUCUCAAUAUCACUGCCACUGAUGGGCUGUUUGUCACACAGGCCAUGGUGGAAGUGACUGUCAGUGAUGUGAAUGACAAUAGCCCAGUGUGUGAUCAGGUUGCAUAUACAGCAUUACUUCCUGAAGAUAUUCCAUCAAAUAAAAUCAUCCUGAAAGUCAGUGCAAAGGAUGCCGAUAUUGGAUCCAAUGGAGAUAUACGAUACACACUCUAUGGAUCUGGAAACAGUGAAUUUUUUCUAGAUCCAGAAACUGGCGAGUUAAAAACCUUGGCUCUGUUGGACCGGGAGAGGGUCCCUGUGUACAGCCUGAUCGCCAAAGCCACUGACGGGGGUGGCAGAUUCUGCCAGUCCAACAUCCACCUAAUCCUGGAAGAUGUGAAUGAUAACCCCCCUGUGUUUUCUUCUGACCACUACAAUGCCUGCGUCUAUGAGAACACAGCCACCAAGGCUCUGUUAACCAGAGUUCAAGCCGUGGACCCCGACGUUGGCAUCAACAGGAAAGUAGUGUACUCCCUGGCAGACUCAGCUGGUGGGGUCUUCUCCAUUGACAGCUCAUCUGGCAUCAUCAUCCUAGAGCAGCCACUGGACCGAGAGCAGCAGUCUUCUUACAACAUCAGCGUGCGGGCCACCGACCAGAGUCCCGAACAGUCCCUGUCGUCUCUCACUACUGUCACCAUCACCGUCCUGGACAUUAAUGACAACCCCCCUGUGUUUGAGAGGAGGGACUACCUAGUGACGGUGCCUGAGGACACCUCGCCUGGCACCCAAGUCCUAGCCGUUUUUGCCACCAGCAAAGAUAUCGGCACAAAUGCUGAGAUUACUUAUCUCAUCCGGUCUGGGAAUGAACAAGGGAAAUUUAAGAUCCACCCCAAGACAGGUGGUAUUUCUGUCUCUGAAGUCCUGGACUAUGAAUUAUGCAAAAGGUUUUACCUGGUAGUGGAAGCCAAAGAUGGGGGCACCCCAGCUCUCAGUGCUGUGGCCACGGUCAACAUCAACCUCACGGAUGUUAAUGACAACCCUCCCAAGUUCAGCCAAGAUGUCUACAGUGCGGUCAUCAGUGAAGAUGCCUUGGUGGGAGACUCUGUCAUUUUGCUAAUAGCAGAAGAUGUAGACAGCCUGCCCAACGGCCAGAUCCAUUUUUCCAUUGUGAACGGAGAUCGGGACAAUGAAUUUACUGUGGAUCCUGUCCUGGGACUUGUGAAAGUAAAGAAGAAAUUGGACCGGGAACGGGUGUCUGGAUACUCUCUGCUUGUCCAGGCAGUAGAUAGUGGCAUUCCUGCAAUGUCAUCAACUGCAACUGUCAACAUUGAUAUUUCUGAUGUGAAUGACAACAGCCCAGUGUUUACACCUGCCAACUAUACUGCUGUGAUUCAGGAAAAUAAGCCAGUGGGCACGAGCAUCUUGCAGCUGGUGGUGACAGACAGAGACUCCUUUCACAAUGGGCCUCCCUUUUCAUUCUCUAUUUUGUCGGGAAAUGAAGAGGAGGAGUUUGUGUUGGACCCUCAUGGGAUCCUGCGGUCGGCUGUGGUCUUCCAGCACACAGAGUCUCCGGAAUACGUGCUGUGUAUCCAGGCAAAGGAUUCAGGCAAACCGCAGCAAGUUUCUCAUACCUACAUCCGCGUGCGAGUCAUUGAGGAAAGCAUCCACAAGCCCACGGCCAUUCCCCUGGAAAUUUUCAUUGUCACCAUGGAGGAUGACUUUCCUGGUGGGGUCAUUGGGAAGAUUCAUGCCACAGACCAAGACAUGUAUGACGUGCUUACGUUUGCCCUGAAAUCGGAGCAGAAAAGCUUGUUUAAAGUGAACAGUCACGAUGGGAAAAUCAUUGCCCUGGGAGGCCUGGACAGUGGCAAGUAUGUCCUGAAUGUGUCUGUGAGUGAUGGUCGCUUCCAGGUGCCCAUUGAUGUGGUCGUGCAUGUGGAGCAGCUGGUGCAUGAGAUGCUACAGAACACGGUCACCAUCCGCUUUGAGAAUGUGUCCCCUGAGGACUUUGUGGGGCUUCACAUGCACGGGUUCCGACGCACCUUGCGGAACGCGGUCCUCACCCAGAAGCAGGACAGUCUGCGCAUCAUCAGCAUCCAGCCCGUGGCGGGCACCAACCAGCUAGACAUGCUUUUUGCAGUGGAGAUGCACAGCAGCGAGUUCUAUAAGCCAGCCUACCUGAUCCAGAAGCUGUCCAAUGCCAGAAGACACUUGGAGAACAUCAUGCGCAUCUCGGCCAUCCUGGAGAAGAACUGCUCAGGGCUGGACUGUCAGGAGCAGCAUUGCGAGCAAGGCUUGUCACUGGAUUCCCAUGCUCUCAUGACCUACAGCACGGCUCGCAUCAGCUUUGUGUGUCCGCGUUUCUACCGGAAUGUACGCUGCACCUGCAAUGGUGGACUGUGCCCGGGGUCCAACGAUCCUUGUAUGGAGAAGCCAUGUCCAGGGGACAUGCAAUGUGUCGGUUAUGAAGCCAGCAGGAGACCGUUCCUUUGCCAGUGUCCACCAGGGAAGCUCGGAGAGUGCUCAGGGCACACUUCUCUCAGCUUUGCUGGAAACAGUUACAUCAAAUAUCGGCUUUCUGAAAAUAGCAAAGACGAAGAUUUUAAACUAGCUCUGCGUCUUCGAACCCUGCAAAGCAAUGGGAUUAUAAUGUACACCAGAGCAAAUCCCUGCAUAAUUCUGAAGAUUGUGGAUGGCAAGCUGUGGUUCCAGCUGGACUGCGGCAGUGGUCCCGGAAUCUUGGGGAUCUCAGGCCGUGCCGUCAAUGACGGGAGCUGGCACUCGGUCUUCCUGGAGCUCAACCGCAAUUUCACAAGCCUGUCCCUGGAUGACAGCUACGUGGAGCGGCGCAGGGCGCCCCUGUACUUCCAGACGCUGAGCACCGAGAGUAGCAUCUACUUCGGCGCCCUGGUGCAAGCAGAUAACAUCCGCAGCCUGACUGACACACAGGUCACGCAGGUGCUCAGCGGCUUUCAGGGCUGCUUGGACUCAGUGAUACUGAAUAAUAACGAGCUGCCGCUGCAGAACAAGCGCAGCAGCUUCGCGGAGGUGGUGGGCCUGACCGAGCUGAAGCUGGGCUGCGUGCUUUACCCCGACGCCUGCGAGCGCAGCCCGUGCCAGCACGGGGGUAGCUGUACUGGCCUGCCAUCCGGGGGAUAUCAGUGUACCUGUCUCUCACAGUUUACGGGGAGAAACUGUGAAUCUGAGGUUACAGCCUGCUUUCCAAACCCCUGCCGGAAUGGAGGAUCCUGCGAUCCAAUAGGAAACACCUUCAUCUGCAAUUGUAAAGCUGGGCUCACUGGAGUUACGUGUGAGGAGGACAUCAACGAGUGCGAGCGAGAGGAGUGUGAGAAUGGCGGCUCCUGCGUGAACGUGUUCGGCUCCUUCCUCUGCAACUGCACGCCGGGCUACGUGGGCCAGUACUGCGGGCUGCGCCCCGUGGUGGUGCCCAAUAUCCAGGCCGGCCACUCCUACGUGGGGAAGGAGGAGCUCAUCGGCAUCGCCGUGGUGCUCUUCGUCAUCUUCAUCCUGGUGGUCCUCUUCAUCGUCUUCCGCAAGAAGGUCUUCCGCAAGAACUACUCCCGCAACAACAUCACGCUGGUGCAGGACCCGGCCACGGCCGCCCUGCUCAACAAGAGCAACGGCAUCCCGUUCCGGAACCUGCGCGGCGGCGGGGACGGCCGCAACGUCUACCAGGAGGUGGGGCCCCCGCAGGUCCCCGUGCGCCCCAUGGCCUACACGCCCUGCUUCCAGAGCGACUCCAGGAGCAACCUGGAUAAGAUCGUGGACGGGCUGGGGGGUGAGCACCAGGAGAUGACCACGUUUCACCCCGAGUCGCCCCGCAUCCUGACAGCCCGGCGGGGCGUGGUCGUGUGCAGCGUGGCCCCCAACCUCCCGGCGGUGUCCCCCUGCCGCUCCGACUGCGACUCCAUCCGGAAGAACGGCUGGGACGCCGGAACUGAGAACAAAGGUGUUGAUGACCCAGGAGAAGUGACCUGCUUUGCAGGCAGUAAUAAAGGCAGCAACUCUGAAGUUCAGUCCCUCAGCUCCUUCCAGUCAGAUUCUGGUGACGACAAUGCCUCCAUAGUGACUGUCAUUCAGCUUGUCAACAAUGUAGUUGACACUAUAGAGAAUGAAGUGUCUGUCAUGGACCAAGGACAGAACUACAACCGAGCCUAUCACUGGGACACCUCUGACUGGAUGCCAGGGGCCCGGCUGUCAGACAUAGAGGAAGUGCCCAACUAUGAGAACCAGGAUGGAGGGUCUGUACACCAGGGCAGCACACGGGAGCUAGAGAGUGAUUACUACCUGGGUGGAUAUGAUAUUGACAAUGAAUACCCACCCCCUCAUGAAGAGGAGUUCUUGAGUCAGGACCAGCUGCCUCCUCCUCUCCCGGAGGACUUCCCGGACCAGUAUGAGGCCCUGCCACCCUCCCAGCCUGUCUCCCUGGCCAGCACACUGAGCCCAGACUGCAGGAGAAGGCCCCAGUUCCAUCCUAGCCAGUACCUCCCUCCUCACCCAUUCCCCAAUGAAACGGAUUUGGUGGGCCCGCCUGCCAGCUGUGAAUUUAGUACUUUUGCCGUGAGCAUGAACCAGGGCACGGAGGCCACAGGCCCAGCAGAUGGCGUGUCUCUGUCCUUGCACAAUUCCAGAGGCACCUCAUCCUCAGAUGUGUCAGCCAACUGCGGCUUUGACGAUUCCGAAGUAGCCAUGAGUGACUACGAGAGCGUUGGAGAGCUCAGCCUCGCCAGCCUUCACAUUCCCUUUGUGGAGACUCAGCACCAGACUCAAGUGUAGAUACCACAUCUUGGGUACUUCACCCUGUUUGUUACAGAAAAGUGGAAGCCGAUUGGCUGGGCUCGUGUCUCAGUGGUGAGUCAUCUGUGGAAUGAGAAGGGAACACGGUAUUUUCCACGAGAAACUUCUUCACAAGUCAUGCUGUCCCAGCAAGCAAGCGUGAUUCCAGUUGGGCAAAAAUGAAAGACUCAAAUUGUUUUUGAGAGGUGACUGGUAAUCCUUGAUGUGGGUACAUGUGUUCAUGGCUAAAAAUUCAAAGAGGGAAAAAUCAUUUCACCCACUAGGUUAUGCAAGUCUUGUAUGGCUUUGAGCAGUAUUGUGCCCUGGAAAGUGUUACAGCAUCAGUCCUUGCAGUAUUAAAAACUGGCAACAAAGAGGCAUUGUUGCAUUAAUUUUGAGCCAAUGAAAUGAAAAUAGUAGUAGUGACUACUACUUGGGAAAGUUAGUCUCUUAGGCAGAAGAAAAGAGAAAUUUAUUAAACAAGAAAGUGGGCUGAAGCCUUUUAAAGCAACUAUUUUUUUUUAUAAGCUGCCCGAUUUUCAGCUAUAAAAUUAGGUUUGAAUAACA